AUGCCGUCACGACACGACCGCCACCACAAAGACCGCGCCGUCUACGACGAUGACACAUACUACGAUGACUACUCCUACGAACGACCCAAAGCAUCACGCCGCGUUUCCCGGAGCGCUCACGAGUAUGAUGCCGGCGGAGCAGGGCCCCACCGCAGCCAGCGAUACUCUCCUAGUCCCGUUCCGCCUAGCCGCGCCCGGUCCGAAGACCACCGAUCCAGCCGGCCCUCCGCUCGUCGACAUGACAGCUAUUCAGACUAUUCUGACAGCGAGGAUGACCGGCGCCGUCGACGGGGAUACGGGCGUAGUAGCAGCCGACGGCGGGACAGCAAGGCAUCUGGAUCGUCGAGAGGGCUGCAGCGUCGCGAAUCGGAUAAGGCAGCAAUACUUCAAGCAGCUGCCAGUGCCGCCGUUGUCGCCUGCGCGACGGAGGCUUGGAGAAUGAGAAAGGAGAAGACAUCAUGGUCAAGGAAAGGCACGAGGAUGGCAACAGCUGCUGCUGGCGCUGCGGCCAUUGCGGCGUUCAAUAACAACGCCAAUGGAUCACACGGAGGUAAAGACUCGGGUGGAAGUAAGAAGGAUGCCUUGCAGGCCACGCUUGGAGGCUUGUUGGUCAACCGUCUAGCCAAUGGCGGUGGUCGGAAGUAA